AUGGCGCUCUCUCUCCUAGCCCUCGCCAUUUCCGGGCUCACGCUCGCCCUGCGCAUCCUCGUCCUCGUCCCACUAUCCCUCCUCUCGCUCUUGCUCGCGUGCGGCCUCUACAGGCUCUACUUGCACCCGCUCGCGCGCGUCCCGGGCCCGCGGCUAGCGGUUCUGUCUAAUUUCUGGCAGGCGUACUAUGCCCGCAACGGGCGCAUGCGCGAGCUGGGAAAAUCCCUGCACCGCCGGCCCCAGGUGAACUGGAAGCUGGAACCAAGCUUCCCAGAUAGCCUCGACUUCUUAUCCGAGCGCGACCUAAAGCGCUAUCGCACGCAAAGACGCCUCGUAGGCCCCAUCUACCACAUUUCCAACCUGAAGCGCUUCGAAGCAGCCGUCGACGAAGUCCUCGGCAAGAGCAUCGCGCAGCUCAAUACCCUCAAGGGAUCCCCGGUCGAUCUCAAGGAGUGGAUGCACAUCAUCACCGUCGAGUGUCUCGGCGCCGUGGUCCUAUCGUGGUCCCCCGGCCUGCUGAAGCAAAAGUCUGACGGGGGCUCCGACCUCAUCGGCCUUCACGAGUCCAGGCCCGAGUUCAACCAGGAAUACCUUAAGAGAAUGACGGUGACCAACUUUGGCGCGGGCCACGAGACAAUGACGUCUACCCUCACCUCCGUCAUGUCCAUGGUCUGCUCCCGCCCCGAUGUUCUCGGCCACGUCGUUGAUGAGAUUGAACAGACUUCCGACGCAGCUCGAUACGAAGGAUUCAAAGCCAGCUUGAGCUAUACGCAAGCAUGCAUCAAGGAGGCCCAGCGGCUGUUCCCCGUCAUCGGCAUGUCCCUGCCACGCCAGACACCUGCCGCGGGGUUCCGCACCACGGUGGGCUGUAACCCCAUCUCCCUGCACCGGAACGAAUCCAUCUUUGGCCCCGACGCGGAUGAUUUCCGCCCGGACCGCUGGCUCGAGAGGGACAACAUCCGCGAGAUGGACAAGUUUAACCUGACCUGGGGCGGUGGUUCCCGAACGUGUCCCGGACGGCAGCUCGCAGAGCUGGUGGUGCCCAAGAUUAUCGUUUCGCUGCUCAAGGAGUUUAACGUCGAGGUCGAUGUUCCUCCUGAGGAAACGAUGCCGGUAUACUUUAUGGCGAUGAUGAGUGGGGUCAAAGCUCGAUUCCUCACCAAAGAUGCUGGUUGA